AUGCACUUUCCAAGCCUCGCUACCAUCAUCGCCCUCACGGCCGCCACUGUUGCUGAGGCCUCAAAGUUUAACCUUGAGAUUGGUUACUUUUCCAUUCUUGUCCCUCCUAUUGGCGGAAAUAUUCCUGGCAUUGGCUGCGGUCCUUGGGGGAGGGUCACAGGAUCUGAUUGGUCAACAACCAAGAGUAUAUCUGGCUUAAAGGGUAAUGAUGAAUGCCCUAGCGCAGAGAUCUACAACUACUGCCAGAGAUUUGGAUGUCCGCAGACGUGGAAAGUUGACAACGUCCUUGCCUUUGAAAUCCAAUCUGGCAGCGGAAAGAAUCUUCGGGUCAAGGGUACCAAGCUGAACGGCAAAACGCAAACUGUGACCUGCGGUUCUUCCUAUGUCUCCGAGCCUAACAGGAACGGGGGUCGUGAUUACCGAACCAACAUUUGCUAUUUCGACCUUUAA